GGGAAGGAAGCCGCGCGCCCAGGAAAAGGAGGUAUUGGUGGAUUUGCAACGUGAAAAGUCUGGACUUCCUCCUCCAGCUGGAACAUGCCAUCCCGAGCUCUCACAAACUCCUGGCCCCGAGAUUUCCUCCCUUUUGUCUGUGAUGGCUGCUCAGGAGUUUUCUGUAUUCAACACAGAAGUCGGCCUGCUCAUGGUUGUUCUGAGGCAAAUCUAAAAAACAAAAAUAUGAAACUGGAUUAUCACAAAUCUUUUUUGUGCACAUAUAAAGGUUGUGAUGGAAGAGAACUUGUACCUGUCUCAUGUGUUUACUGUGAAAAACAAUUUUGCUUAAGGCACCGUCAUCAGUCAGACCAUGAGUGUGAGAAACUAGAAAUCCCUCAAGCUCGUAUGGCUGUCACUCAGCAGUUGAUUAAAGACAUUGUAGAUUCCAAAAAAGAAGCCACUGCAAUUAAAAAAUGCAGAGGAGCCAAGAACCCUGAAACAGCUGCAAAAGUAGCCCUGAUGAAACUGAAAAUGCAUGCCUGUGGGGAGAAGUCUGUGCCACAGACAGAGAGAAUCUAUUUCCAAGUAUUUUUACCUAAAGGAAGUAAAGACAAAAGCAUGCCGAUGUUCUUUUGUAGUAAAUGGAGCAUUGGCAAAGUAAUAGAUUCUGCAGCUUGCUUAGCAAGCCUUAAAAACGACAACAACAAAACCACAGCCAAGAAAUUAAGACUGUGCCACACAGCAUCUGGAGAAGCCCUGCCUUUGGAUCACACAGUGGCAUCAUGGAUAAACUGUAAAGACUCUCCGUUAUAUAAUGGUGGAAAUGUAAUCCUGGAAUACCUUGAUAAUGAAGUUGAAUUUUUAGCAGAUGCAGAUUCUUAUGUAUAGUAAUUAUGGAAGAUAUUGCAUUUGUAAUUAUCAGAUUGAACACAAGAGACUCUGUUUUGCUAGCUCUGUGGUGUAAGAGUGAUUUCUCCUAAGAAACGUGAAUUCAAUUUAAAAAGGGGCCUAUAUCAACAUUUAGCCCGUUGUCUUCCAAAGUGGGCAAAUACAUUUGUCAUACACGCAUAUUCAUCAGUUGUUGCUCUCUGUCCCAUAAACUGAGAAUUGAGUUCAGAUUGACAGUUACUAAACUGUCUGCCUGUGGUGC